UCGCACAAAGAUCUUUGACCAUAUACCCGAUAUGUCAUUUUUAUAAAACAAAAGAGAAAAAAUUUUAAUAACAAAAAAUACGACACACCUAUUUAAUCCUUUCCAAGAUAUGUUAACAAUUCAUUACAACAAAAAGCAAAUAUCAGUUCAAGCAAAACAGCGAAACAGCGUGAUUGGCUUAUCAGUGAAUAAAAGGUAUCAAGUAAGGCUUACCCACAAUUAUGUAUAAUCCAUUAUGAUUGCGCAUAUAAGAAAUCACGAGCACUAUCUAUAGUUUGAACACAGCAGUGUCGUGUGUUUGUGACCAUGGAGAAAGAUAAACAAGAAUACAAUCCGUAUGAAAAUCGGACAGUUGAAAAACCAAGCUCGGACAUCCGAGCCACUGCGAAUAUUAUCAAAGCCUCUUUGGGUUCUGGGCUGCUGGCCGGACCCUUGGCCUUUUCAAACUCGGGCUGGGGAGUUGGACUUAUAGGCACGUUUGCAAUAGGAAUUAUUUGUGGUCACUGCGUUCACAUACUAGUCAAAACGUCCUAUGGAUGUUGCAAGUUGGAACGCAAACCACUCUUGGGAUACGCAGAGACCUGUAAAUCAGCCUUCGCAAAUGGCCCAAAAUUUAUACGCCCAUACGCCAGUGUGGCAAGCAUAUUUGCAGAACUGGCAAUGUUAUGUACGUAUGUAGGCGUUUGCUGUAUUUACACCGUCCUCAUAUCGGAUUCUAUAAAGCAGCUGAUUGAUAGAUACGUGCCAAGUUUGAACCUGUCCGUGGAAUAUUACUGUCUGAUCAUAUUGAUACCGCUAUGUUUACUAUGUCAAGUCAGAUAUUUGAAAUGGCUAGCAAUUUUCUCAAUAUUAGCAAAUUUAUUUUUGUUUCUUACUUAUCUAAUUUGCUUUUACUAUAUAUUUCGAAGUCCUCUGUCCUUUGAAGGAAAGACAGCUGCUGGUGACCCAUCAAGGUUUCCUGCAUUUUUGUCGACAGUAAUCUUCGCGAUGGAAGGAAUCGGCGUAGUGAUGCCUGUUGAAAACGCCAUGAAGAAGCCCCAGCACUUUCUUGGUUGUCCCAGUGUCCUUGUGGUAGCAAUGACAGCUAUCGUCUUUUUCUACAGCACUCUGGGCUUCUUUGGAUACUUGAGAUACGGCGACGUUUUAAGAGGAUCCAUCACCCUUAAUCUUCCUAUUGAAGACUGGCCGGCCAUCUGCGCGAAAAUAUUCAUAGCGAUGUCAAUUUUCUUUACCUAUCCGUUGCAGUUUUACGUAGUUUACGACAUAUUCAAAAAGUACACAGAUGUUUAUAUAAAGGAUGAUUAUAAAAAAAUCACUGAUAUUGCAUCAAGAACUUUGGGGGUCUGUUUUUGUGUUGGAAUCGGUAUCGCAUUACCAUUGCUGGAACAAAUUAUUAACAUUGUUGGAUCAUGUUUUUAUUCAAUCCUCGGUCUUAUUAUACCAGGAAUCGUAGAAACUGCAUUCCGUUGGGGAGAUUUAGGAACAUUGAAAUGGGUUAUGUGGAAAAAUAUUUUAAUUAUCCUCUUUGGUCUUACUGCCUUAGUGUCCGGAUGCACGGUUACCAUUAUGGACAUCAUACAGAUCCUAAGAAAAAAAAACGAAUAAGGCUUAGGCAGUAAAAUUUGCUUUAUAUUAUGUAAUAUAGUGUAUCAAAUAGAUUAUGUAUUUUAAUUUAUAAUAAAAUGUUGAAUUAA